AGAUCGAUCCAUCAGCGCUACCUCCAUCCUGAUCAUCCUGAUCGCCUUCUAUAAAUACCUCAAUCCAGAUGCAUCUUCCCCACACAAAUCCAGGAAAACCAACAAGAACACACCGACCGGCCAUUGAUCUCCAACCUCCACACAAGUCCUUCUUCGGUUAAGGUUGAGAAUUUCGAGGCAAGAGGUAGGUAGCUACCCUAGCCAUGUCUCCCUCCCCUGAUAUAAACCUCCCCCGCGUGCUCAUCGUCUCCCGCCGCACCGUCCGCAAGAACAAGUUCGUCGACUUCGUCGGGGAGUACCACCUGGACCUAGUGGUGGGCCACGGCGCGGUCCCGGUCAUCGUGCCGCGGGUGGCCGGCGUGCACGCCAUGCUCGACUCCUUCGAGCCCAUCCACGGCGUGCUCCUCUGCGAGGGCGAGGACAUCGACCCCUCCCUCUACGACGCCCGCCGCGACGGCGACGGUGAAGGCGACGCGCUCUCGCCGGAGCAGCUUGAGGCCGUGAGGCGCCUCCACCCGAGCGACGCCGCCGUGGACCACGAGAAGGACUCCAUCGAGCUCCUCCUCGCACGCCGCUGCCUCGAGCGCAACGUCCCGUUCCUCGGCAUCUGCCGCGGCUCGCAGGUGCUCAACGUCGCCUGCGGUGGCUCUCUCUACCAGGACGUGGAGCAAGAGCUCCACCCCCAGGACGACGCAGCCGUGUGCCACAUGGACUACGCCAACUACGACGGCCACCGGCACACGGUGCGCGUGCUCCCCGGCACGCCGCUGCACGACUGGUUCGCGGACUCGCUGCUCGACGGCGACCAGCUGAUGGUGAACAGCUACCACCACCAGGGCGUGCGGCGCCUGGCGGAGCGGUUCGUGCCCAUGGCGCUUGCGCCGGACGGGCUGAUCGAAGGAUUCUACGACCCCGAAGCGUAUCACCCCGGCGAGGGCAAGUUCAUCAUGGGGCUCCAGUUCCACCCGGAGCGCAUGCGCAAGGAGGGCUCCGACGACGUCUGCUCCGAGGUGCUCGACGCCAAGCUCCAGCCGCCGUCUCCAACCCUGCACGAGUGA